AUGGGAUCCAUAUCGCCUCAGAUCCAGACCGUCUCUCACAGAGACCCCAAGGCCGCCGCCGCAGCAGCAAGCGACAUGAAGAACAUCGUGCGCAGGAAGUUGACCGGUUUCGUCGGAUUCGCCAACCUGCCAAACCAAUGGCACCGCAAGAGUGUUAGAAAAGGAUUCAGCUUCAACGUCAUGGUCGUCGGUGAAUCUGGUCUUGGAAAGUCGACUCUCGUCAACACAUUGUUCAACACUUCCCUUUACCCACCCAAGGAGCAGAAACAACCCAGCCUCGACUUCGCACCCACCACUGUUGCCAUCCAAUCCAUCAGUGCAGACAUUGAGGAGAACGGUGUACGUUUGAGACUGAACGUCAUUGAUACUCCUGGCUUUGGUGACUUUGUCAACAACAACGAGUCCUGGCGCCCUAUCGUCGAGAACAUCGAGCAGCGCUUCGAUGCCUAUCUCGAUGCCGAGAACAAGGUCAACCGCAUGAACAUUGUCGACAACCGCAUCCAUGCCUGUGUGUACUUCAUCCAGCCUACCGGUCACUCGCUUAAGCCUCUCGACAUCGAGGUCAUGCGCAGGCUGCACACCAAGGUCAACCUGAUUCCCGUCAUUGCCAAGGCCGACACGCUCACAGAUGAGGAGGUCGUCUCCUUCAAGGCAAGAAUUCUCUCAGAUAUCAAACACCAGGGCAUUCAGAUCUUCGAGGGCCCUCGCUACGAGCUGGACGACGAAGAGACCAUUGCCGAGAACCAGGAGAUCAUGUCAAAGGUUCCCUUCGCCGUUGUUGGUGCCAACGCCGAGGUCAGCACUCCCGAGGGUCGCAAGGUGCGUGGCCGCAAGUACCCUUGGGGUAUCAUCGAGGUCGACAACGAGGAUCACUGCGACUUUGCCAAACUCCGCCAGAUGCUCAUCCGAACACAUAUGGAGGAGCUCAAGGAACACACCAACAACACGCUCUACGAGAACUACCGUUCCGACAAGCUCGAGUCGAUGGGCAUGCAGCAGGACCCUUCUGUGUUCAAGGAGAUCAACCCUGCAGCCAAGCAGGAGGAGGAGCGUUCGCUGCACGAGCAAAAGCUGGAGAAGAUGGAGCGCGAGAUGAAGCAAGUCUUCCAGCAGAAGGUCCAAGAGAAGGAACACAAGCUCAAACAGAGCGAGGAGGAGCUGUACGCCCGCCAUCGCGAGAUGAGGGAACAGCUAGACAAGCAGAAGAACGAGCUCGAGGAGAAGAAGGGUCGCAUCGAGACCGGCCGACCGGUCGAAGAGAAGGGCAAGAGAAAGGGCUUCUCGAUCCGCGGCUAA